GCCACACACGGCGCGGGGCUGGGAGGCUGCGAGCGCUCUCCGCGCACAUCUAACCUACAUAACCCUGAGCCGCUCUUCCUGGGCUCCCAUUAGCAGUAGCGGGGCGGGCGGGACAGGUAGCUGCAUCUCUAUGAGGGCUGCACAUCUCCGAGGUGACCACUUGCUCUGCUAGAAGUUGGUCGCCGUAGUCGCUUCCCCCCACAGCUGUCUGAGGUGACUGCAGCUCCUGCCGCUAUUUAUGUCACCCUCGCACAACUGACAGUGAGGAGAGACGACACUAACUCGGGCUCCAUUGUGUUAGUGACAAGGACCGGAGGCCAGUGACCGUGCUGCGCGCCCAGUGGUGGCGAGGUGGAGGAGGAGAGGGGGACAAGGCGGAGAACGAGCCCGGCACCGGCAGGCUCCGGCUAGGAGCUGUCCUGCGCCCUCGGACCUUCCGUCGCUGCCGUUUCUCGUGUGUGUUUGUGCGCUGCUGCGCGUCCCCAAGCACCCCGACCCUGCACCACCCGAGGAGGAAACCGGGGGGAGGAGGCGGCGGCAUGGCUUCUACUACCACCUGCACCAGGUUCACGGACGAGUACCAGCUCUUCGAGGAACUCGGGAAGGGAGCCUUCUCUGUGGUGAAAAGAUGCAUGAAGAUUACCACAGGACAAGAGUAUGCCGCCAAAAUUAUCAACACCAAAAAGCUUUCUGCACGAGAUCACCAGAAAUUGGAACGUGAAGCAAGGAUCUGUCGCUUACUAAAGCAUCCCAAUAUUGUUCGACUUCAUGACAGCAUAUCAGAAGAAGGGUACCAUUACUUAGUCUUUGACUUAGUUACUGGUGGAGAGUUAUUUGAAGAUAUAGUAGCAAGAGAAUACUAUAGUGAAGCAGAUGCAAGUCAUUGUAUACAGCAGAUUCUAGAAAGUGUAAAUCAUUGUCAUCUUAAUGGCAUAGUUCACAGAGACCUAAAGCCUGAAAAUUUGCUAUUAGCUAGCAAAUCAAAAGGUGCAGCUGUGAAACUUGCAGAUUUUGGCCUAGCAAUUGAAGUUCAAGGAGAUCAACAAGCAUGGUUUGGUUUUGCAGGAACACCAGGGUAUCUGUCUCCAGAAGUCUUACGAAAGGACCCUUAUGGAAAACCAGUGGAUAUGUGGGCAUGCGGUGUUAUUCUAUACAUCCUGCUUGUGGGUUAUCCUCCAUUCUGGGAUGAGGACCAACACAGACUGUAUCAGCAGAUAAAGGCUGGUGCUUAUGAUUUUCCAUCACCGGAGUGGGAUACAGUUACUCCUGAAGCCAAAGAUCUGAUCAAUAAAAUGCUUACAAUUAAUCCUGCCAAACGCAUCACCGCAUCUGAAGCACUCAAGCAUCCAUGGAUCUGUCAACGUUCCACCGUUGCAUCCAUGAUGCACAGACAAGAAACUGUAGACUGUUUGAAGAAGUUUAAUGCAAGAAGAAAGCUAAAGGGGGCUAUACUGACCACCAUGCUCGCUACUAGGAACUUUUCAGCAGCAAGAAGUUUGUUGAAGAAACCUGAUGGAGUCAAGAUAAACAACAAAACCAACGUAAUAACAAGCCCUAAAGAUCCUACCCCACCUCUGGAGCCCCAAUCUACUGUAAUCCACAACCCUGCUGAUGGAAAUAAGGAAUCCACAGAGAGCACUAACACCACCAUUGAAGACGAAGAUGUAAAAGCUCGCAAGCAGGAAAUUAUCAAAGUGACAGAGCAGCUUAUUGAAGCAAUUAACAAUGGAGACUUUGAAGCCUAUACAAAGAUUUGUGAUCCUGGCCUUACUUCAUUUGAGCCUGAAGCACUGGGAAACCUUGUGGAAGGCAUGGAUUUCCAUCGAUUCUACUUUGAAAAUGCUUUAUCCAAGAGCAACAAGCCAAUCCAUACUAUUAUCCUUAACCCUCAUGUUCACUUGAUUGGAGAAGAUGCUGCUUGCAUUGCCUACAUUCGACUCACCCAGUAUAUGGAUAACAUGGGGUUGCCGAAGACUAUGCAAUCUGAAGAAACCCGUGUGUGGCACCGCCGUGAUGGAAAAUGGCAGAAUGUACACUUCCACCGUUCUGGGUCACCAACAAUACCCAACUAACUCUCUAAGCCUUCCAAGCCUUUUAUUGUAAACACUCAAGACAACUGGAUGGUAUCUCUUAGACCAACUGCAUCCUUCCUGUGUGUCCUAAUCACAAGUGUUUAUUUGAGCACAGAAUGUCUCCAUGUGUAAUGCUUUUGUGUGUUGUAUUUUCUAUAUUUUCAUCAGGACCACACCUUACUAAGGUCCCAACAAAGGAUCAUACAGUACUUGCUUACACUGAAAACAAUAUGACUAUUCCUUUGCUUCUACAUAUCUAACUACAUAUCUAUCAGUGCUGAUUAAAAUCCAAACCUUUUUACUCUUUUGUUGAUUAGUACAUGCUGGAUUAUUAGUAGAUGAGAACCCAGGGCCUGAUUUAUCAUAUUCAAAAUAAUUAGUUUGGAACAUAUAAAGUAUUUUUAUUAGCAAAUGCAGAAAGUAAUCUUAUGUCAAUAUGCAGUAAAUACCAACAUUUGUAACUACUGUAUUAUGGUCAAUAAGUGCAAGUUGGAAUUUCUAGUAUACGUAUCUAUUACAAUUUUUUUUAUAUAUACACCAAGGAUUUUUGUCUUAUUAUCGAGUAGAUCAAUAACUAUGAAUGGGUGAUGGUGGUGGUUUUUGAUAAUAGACCAAGCAAAAUAUUGCAAUCAGGGUAAUUUUGUGCUUUCACAAAAUAUGAUGAUUUUUUUUGUGUCCUCGUCCAGAAUUAGAGUGAGAUUUAGAUAUUGUGUAUUGUGUGUUGUAAUGAAUAUGUGCAUUCUAAUGGUUAUGUUGCACAAAAUAGCAAGCAAUCUACUGUAUGCAAGAAGAGAAAUAAUUCUCAUAGUAAUUACCUAGAACUUUAUACUUAUCCAAUGUACAAUACAGCCCAUACUAUAUUGGCCUUGUGAAUGAUAUUCUAGGAAGAUAAUGAAAAUUUUUCUAUAGAAGUGCAAUUUAAGAUGCCCAUGUACUCUAUUGGUUAUGUUUUGUAGUCAUGUAGUAAUAUUCAUACUGCUACAUACAUCUGUAUGUUCAAUUCCAUUUUUCAAUUUCUCUCUAGCGGCUGUUAACUUCACGCAUGCAUAAGGAGACAUUUUUAUCCUUUUUUUUUUUUUUUUCUCUCUUUGUCCACCGCAUAGUCCCUUGAAUUUAUAUUAUUCCACCUUUGUGAAUAUCAUUAUUAAACCUCUUUAAAAUGUUAAUGUUGUUGAAUAUUGGAUGUAUUGCUAGUAUGCUAAUGAGCAUUUCAUUUUCUACCGUAUGUAAUUCAAAUGUGUUGAGCCAUUUAAACCUGCCAAUUUAAUUCUGUGGAAGAAAUAUAUUUUUUUCUGUACAUCUUUAGUCUCUAGAAGUGGUUCCACUGUUAGCAUUUAGAUAUAGUGCAUGAUGUAACGUUCUUAUUUUUUACUUUUCAUUUAAGUAUAGCAUGGUAUGCGGAUAUAGUACCGUAGAUCAACUCUGUCUUCCACAAAACCAUGUGAGAUUAGGUGGCACCAUGGUGGUUUUAUUUUAUCAUCUUUUGUAAUGUUGCAAUAUAUUGUACCAAUGAACACCAUGUAUAUAUUUCUUGCCAUAAAAUAACGGAUAUAAUUAAAGUAACAAUAAAAUUGUGUUUUCUGUUGCA